UAUCAUAACCUAAAAGUUUUCUGAUUCUGUCAUCCAAACAGUGAAACAGUCAAAGUGUUUAAUUAAAUUUAAUAUUUACAAACAGAUAGUUGUAAUUAUUAAAAAUAAUGGCGCUAUCGCGAGAUCGACGUUCUAAUGCGGGAAGUAAAAUGGCAAAACUCCUCAAUGAGGAGGAAGAAGAUGAUUUCUAUAAAACAACCUACGGCGGUUUCGAGGAAGCCGAACAAGACAAUGAUUACUUGGUCGAAGACGAAGGUGAGGACGAAGUGGAUUCAGACUUCAGUAUCGAUGAAAACGAUGAACCUGUUUCUGAUCACGAACAAGAAGAUCCUAAAAGGAAACGAAGAUUAGUGACAAAAGCUUAUAAAGAACCUAAAAGUGUUUCUACACCCUCACAAUCGACUCCAAAAGAAAAGAAACCAAAAGCUCCGAAACAAGAUCGAAUGUCCAUCGACAGCACCGAGAGAAAAUCAAUUCGUCGAUCAACUCUAGCGAAAUCGGCAGCGACACAAAAGCGUAUACGCGAACGAAACGAAGAUCAAAGGAAAAAGGUGAAAAUUGUCAAACAUGACGCUUGGAAACCAACACAAGAGGAACUAUUAGAAGAGGCCUUAAUUACCGAAAAAGCAAAUUUAAAAUCUCUCGAAAAAUAUCAAAAAUUGGAGAAUGAAAAGAAAAAUACAAGGGCUGUGCGAAAGACAAAUUUAACGCCAAUGAUUCGCUAUCAAUCGUUCUCGAUGCCAAUAAUUGUUCUCUCGGAGAGUGAAACAGCGGAGAAGGAGGACGAAAAAAUAAAUGUCGAGGAAGAUGAUGACAAAACAACAGAGGAAAAAAUUGUCAGAACAAAUGAAAAGGAGACAAAUCCGAAAGAAACAUUAACAGUCAAAACGAAUGGCUCUUAUGAAAGAACAUUCAUUACAUUCGAGAAUGAACAAUUAUUUAAUGAGGCUUUUAAGAAAACUCCACCACCAAGACCCACAUUAAAAUCAUUAUGUGCAAUCACUAGGUUACCGGCAAAAUAUAUGGAUCCAAUGACGAAUUUACCAUUUAGAAAUGUACAGACAUUUCGAUUAUUGCGCGAUGUUUAUUAUCAGCAACUGGAGGCGCGUUCGGAUAUCAGUGAUUCGAAUAUAAAUCCGAUUUUAUUGCGUUGGCUCGAAUGGAGACAGAAGAAUAAUAACACCUCACAGAGGAAUCUCAUUCGUUUGGAAUCUGCAUCCGCUCCAAUUGCGUCCUCAUAGCUGCUACUUUUUUUGAAGGUCCAGGAUGAUCUCUAAAUUGUAUCCUUUUUGACUCGAGAAUUGAAUUUUUUGUUUUUGUACAUUAAUCUUGUUAAUAUAUAAAUAUUUCUUGUAAAAAUAUUUCUACAAAUAACUCGUUAUUAAUCGUAUCUGUACAGAAAGUGUCCAAAAAGUUCCUUGUUAAUUAACUCAAAUUAAUUAAUUAAUUAAUUAAUUCUGUAAAUUAAUAUUUACCUUAUUAUGAAAGUGAUGAGCAAACAUUAUUUUUACUUGCGUUAAUUUCGGAAGAAUUAGGAAUUAUACACGAAAAUAAUUCCCAUCUUUCGACGUAAAUUUUGAUUAAUUAGAAUUACAUUUUCUUCAAAGAUUUGGAACUUUUUGGACUUGUAUAUAAAAUUAAAAAACUUAGCACUAGAAUUAAAUUAAAUUUCAGAUUGUUAAAAAUCGAAUACUUUCCAAUUAAGAAAAGCUAAAAAUCAAAUUUGUCAAUUACAAGUUAAUAAAGAGUUUUUUAUUUUUCGUCUUCUAAAAGACUAGAUAAAUUUCAAGAAAUAAUUUUGAUUUUUGAAUUUUUAAUCACUUCUU